AUAAAAUAAGGGUGUUGUUUAAUUUGUUAUUGUUUAUUUGUGUUAAAGUCAAUUGAUACAAAUAUUGAAAAAAAAAAACUAAAAAAAACGAGAAAAAAAAAAAGAAAAGAAAAAGGUUAGACUAAAGAGGAAGCAAAUCAAAGCCAGCUUGAACGGAAGAAGCACUACAGUAGCAAUUGUGAAGGUCAAGUAAUGGUGUCUGUAAAGUGUAAUCAGUAAUAUAUGUAGUAGUACUGAACAAUUUGUAGAGCUUCAAAAAUGGCGAUGAUGAGAGGGAAAACAUGGAAGUUGAGCUUAUUCUUUUGCAUGAUCUGGGCAAUCACUAUACUCUAUGGCGAGAUGUUUGCUUACUGGGUUCCUUUUCUUUGGUCUUAUUCUUGGCCUCAUCAAUCCUCUUCUUCUUUGGGAAGUGAUACAUCGAGCGAAUACAUAAAAGUAGCUGUCAUCACUGACCCUCAGCUGAUGGACAGAACCUCCCAUGAUUUUGGUCCCAAAUCAGUUGCUUUGGAGAUUGCUACAUUUUAUUCUGAUCUUUACAUGCGCAGAGCAUUUCUUUCUUCAAUUUUGCCUUUCAAACCUGAUGCAAUCUUAUUCUUGGGUGACUACUUUGAUGGAGGUCCACGGCUGUCAAAUAAAGAAUGGCAGGAAUCUUUGAGCCGGUUCAAGCAUAUCUUUGAUCUGGGUAAACAAGGAAAAACUAAAGAUAUUCCAGUUUACUACAUUCCUGGAAACCACGACAUUGGCUAUGCUGGCCAUCUUUUCCAUAAGCCAGAGUUUAUAGAGCGUUAUGAAGGCACUUUUGGCAAAAGAAAUUAUAAUUUCACUAUUGGGAAAGUAGACUUUGUUGCAAUUGAUGCCCAAACCAUUGAUGGUAACAUAAAAGACAAUACAACUUCAUUUACUUGGUCAUUUGUGGAUGGCUUAUCCACGGGUGGAAGAACAAAUCCUAGGGUGCUGUUGACCCAUAUCCCUUUGUACCGUCCGGAUUGGACUCCUUGUGGCCCACACCGUUCUUCAGAAAUUAUCAAUCAGAGGAUUUCUCGCUCUGCUUAUGAUCAGAGGAUACUAUACCAGAAUUAUGUCACUAAGGAGUCUGCAGAGCAUAUCUUGGACUCUAUUCAACCUGUACUUGUCCUCUCUGGUCAUGAUCAUGAACAGUGUACAGUCAACCACGAGACAAAACAUGGUACUGUCAAGGAGCAUACUCUCGGGACGGUAAGUUGGCAACAAGGGAACUUCUAUCCAUCGUUUAUGCUCCUAUCUGUAGGCAAUUUUACACAUGCUAAUGGAUCUUCUCAAGAACCAGUCAUACUUACUCAGCUGUGCUUUCUUCCUACGCAACUGUUCAUAUAUAUAUGGUAUAUCAUACUUUUUGUUGUAACUAUUCUUGCUCUGUCAAUUUUGCCUACAUACGACAUAAAUCUCCACUUUGGGCAUCUGAUGACAAAAAUAAACAAAUUGGUCAGAGAAGAUCUUUUUUCAAGUGUAGAAAAGAGAAAAAACGAAGAUGAAAACUGUGAAUAUGAGAUGAUGUGGGAUGCCGAAGGGAGUUUGCAUGUCAUCAAGAAGCUUAGUAAAAACCCCUUUGGUUGUGUCAAAGGAGACGAGCUCAACAGAAAGAGGGAAUGCUGUGAUGCGUGCUGCUAGGAAACAAAUGGUCCUAGAACAAGAGGGUGCAACAAAAGUGGACAUUAGUGGAGAUCCUGGGUCUGAUGUGAAAAACUUGACAAGGUCAAGCAAAUCAUUACUGAGGAUAAUGCUGCAACGAUUCAUUCGUGUACUUGGUAUGGUUUUGGUGAUCGCUGUGGUGAACGUUCCACUUUACAUGAUGCUCUUGUUCAAAGAUUGGGCUGAACAAUGAUGCACUCAGGUCACGGUAGGUCUUUUGUAACAUCUGUGAAUGAAGAACUGGCUAAACAAUUUGAUUAAAGGUACUUUCCCAUUUUACUAGCAGAAUUGAUAGUUCAAAUGAUAUCCUAGCUGUCGUCGUUCACUGCUUUCAUGAUGGUGCUUGUUAUCAGCUUUCUCUAUCUCUGUCUUUUUUCGGGGGCUGGGGAAUAGCUUGUUGUAGUAUCAUGUUACUAUUAAGGUUAAAAUUGUUGUAAAAUCAGAAAAAGGCUUUAAUACUUUUAAUGUCAUGUAACUUUGAAAUUUAGUGAUGUCUAUUAGCUGUUGUAGUGAAGGUCUGGUCGUCUGGAGGAAGUAAGGAGCAUAUCUGUAGUAAUACUUUUACAGUUUUAUCCAGUAUAUUCUUUUGAGUAUUUACAUGGAUUAUGAUCAUGUUGAAUAAUACGUAUGUAAACACCUUUAUUUAUUUAUUUAUUUUUUAUUUAUA